CAGAAAAUGAAAAAGGAUGUAUCUGACAUGCUGCAGCUUCCAAUGCACAGUGUGGAGAGCUCACAGUGAAGUCAUUUCUGUACAGGAGAGGAGACCAUACAACUGCUGGGAAGGUCGGAGUUCAGCUUUAAAAUCAAUAGAUUUCCAGGCAAAAACCAAUAAAUAUACAGAUGAUGGACAGGAGAUGUGUCCUGCCGGGUGCAGAAAUGUAUUGGAUGCGGACACAGUACAGGAGAUGACCAGAGACUGCGGACACAGUACAGGAGAUGACCAGAGACUGCGGACACAGUACAGGAGAUGACCAGAGACUGCGGACACAGUACAGGAGAUGACCAGAG